AUGCGUUAUUCGCGUUCGUGGCAACAAACUCAUUUUUGUUAUGGUACCUCAAAAAAAAUGGGAAAUAUUGAUAGUCGAAAUGAACGAUUUUAUAAUUUGUGUGGAUUAGGAAAAGCUCAUUUAGUUGAAAAAAUGUUGGAAAAUGAUCGUGUUUAUCAUACAAUUAAUAUCGAUUGGCUAUCAUUUGAAAGUCAAUCGACACCAUUAUUAAUUGCGUCAGCAAAUGGACAUGAUUUAGUUGUAGACGUAUUACUGCGUAACAAUGCCAAAAUUGAAGUUAAAGAUUCCCGUGACGCCUCACCACUUCAUCAUGCUGCGCAACGAGGUUAUACAGAAAUAGCAAAAAAGUUAAUUAAAGCUGGAAGUGAAAUUAAUGCAAGAGAUAAAUUGGGUUGGACACCGUUGAUGAAAGCUUGUUAUUGGGCUCAUCCCGAUAUUAUUUUAACAUUACUAGAGGCUGGAACCGAUAUUGACGCUCAAACAGAGCAAGGAAGAACAGCAUUACACGAAUUAUGUCGUUCUCCUCCACAACCAUACACAUUUUCUAUUGAUAUUGAACCAACAUUAGCUGAAAUUUCUUGUAUGUUAAUUGAUGCCGGUGCCGAUGUGAAUAAAGUGGAUAAUGAUCGAUUUACACCUUUGAUGUACGCUGCCUAUCAUAAUCAUCCUGGUGUAGCACUUGUUCUGUUAGAAUCCAAUUGUAAUAUGAAUGAUACCGAUAAACAAGGAUGGACAGCUUUACAUUGGGCAGUUGAUCGUGAUAAUAGUGAAAUUGUUCAAUUAUUAAUUGAUAAAGGUUGUCGAACAGAUCUAUCAUCUCAGCGGAAUGAAACUGUCUAUUCUCGAAUUAAAUCGACAAAAGUAAAAGAUAUUUUAAAACAUGUAAAACGUCUUUCAACAAUAUCCAUGUCGAUGACCAAUGUUUGCCUAUUAACUAAUGGAAAUGAUAAUCAGUAUAUUGAUCAAGAUUUAAUAAAAAAAUUAACACGAACAACAUCUGUAAUGGAUACUAACUGCUCGUUACCUGUUAUUAGUGAACAACAAAAUCGAAGUACACGCAGUACGAUUCUAUCACCACUGACGUCAACCGAAGUUUAA